AUGACUGACGCGUUAGCGGCGAGACAUAAGACGGUGAAGAAGGUUCCGAAAAACUUCGACGCGUUCGUGCUCAAGUUCCCGAGGAUCAACGCGGCUCUCGAGCAUCUCCGAGAAGUGUACGACAAAAUCGUUCCCGAGGGCAAAGAAGGCAUGUCAAUGGACGAGUUGAAGACCGCUCUCGCUCAGCUGGAGGUGACAGUGAGCGAAGAGGAGCUGAAGGCCAUUUUCGAGCAGACGGAGUUGGACACUUCGUAUGGGGAAGGGUCAGAGUCUGUUCCGACAGAGGAGGACACAGUGGUGUGCUUCAAUGCGUUUGUGCUGUGCCUGGGCAUUGUGUUCCUGCUGGAAUCGGCUGAUAGUGAGCAGCAGAAGUCUCGCCUUGGCACAGGAGACGUCAACGCGGCCUUUCAAAUAAUAGUGGAUGCGUUUAUUUACUUUGACGAGGACCAUGAUGGGCAGCUCACGCGGGCAGAGAUUGAGAAGGGUUUCAGCAGCCACAACACUCUCAAGGAGGGUACUCUGCUUCGCAACAUCUCCAUGCGCAUGCAGGAAAUGGAUCGGGAUUCAAACGGUGUGUGCACGUUUGUGGAGUUUCUCAACGCCUUCGUUGGUUGGUUAGUCAAGAUGGUCAGAAUCAGCGUUCUUAAUGAUGCGCUCAAGAGCAUGUACAACGCAGAGAAGCGCGGGAAGCGGCAGGUGCUGAUCCGCCCCAGCUCCAAGGUCAUCAUCAAGUUCCUCACUGUCAUGCAGCGACACGGUUACAUCGGCGAGUUCGAGCUGGUGGACGACAGGCGGGCGGGCAAGAUUGUCGUGGAGCUGAACGGGCGGCUGAACAAGUGCGGCGUGAUCAGCCCGCGUUACGAUAUCGCUGUAGGCGAUAUCGAGAACUGGACCGAGCGCCUCCUGCCCUCCCGUCAGUUUGGUUACAUUGUGCUCACCACGUCUAGCGGCAUCAUGGACCACGAUGAGGCCAGGCGGAAGAACGUGGGAGGCAAGGUGCUCGGCUUCUUCUACUAA